AUGACAUCAGAGAUUCUUAAUUCUUCAAAGUCUUGUCUAAACAGAAUACAAGAGCAAAAUAUGGGUUCUGAAACAGAGCAAAAUAAUAUGAUUCCUGUUAUAGAUUUCAGUGAGGAAAACUUGAAACCUGGAUCGGACUCAUGGGCCUCGGCUUCCAAACAAGUUGUGUAUGGAUUGGAAGAGUAUGGCUGUGUCGAAAUUGUGUACGACAAAUUUCCUGUUCAACUUCACAAAUCUAUAUUUGAUGCAGCCAAACAAGUAUUUAAUCUUCCCGAAGAAGCCAAAAUGCAGAAAGUCAGCGAUAGGCCUGACCCAAGUAGCUAUAUUGUAUUAAAUCCCGGUGACGACGCUCCACUCUACGAAAAUAUCGCAAUAGAUAAUCCAACCACCUUACAGGGAGCUGAAUCUUUUACUAACAUUAUGUGGCCUCAAGGAAAUCAAACUUUCCGUGAAAGCGUGAUGUCCUUCUCAAAACGGCUAGCAGAAAUGUAUGAAACAGUGAUGAGAAUGGUGUUUGAGAAGUAUGGUGUGGAGGAGCUGUUUGAGUCCUUUGGAAAUUCAAGUUUUCACUUGUUACGACUCAUCAAAUACAAAGCUCGGCAGAUGGGUGACACUGACGUUGGGCUGAGAGGUCAUACAGACAGUACCAUCAUAACCAUACUUCAUCAAAAUGAAGUCCCCGGUCUGCAAAUCCAAACAAAAGAUGGUCACUGGAUUGCUGUAAAACCCUCGACUUCAUCUUUUGUAGUCAUUGCAGGCGACGGACUUAAGGCAUGGAGCAAUGACAGAGUGCGUGGAUGUGAGCAUCGCGUGAUGAUCUUGGAAAACAAGGAGAGAUAUUCGGUUGCACUAUUUACAUUUAUAAAAGGAGUGAUUCAUGUUCCUGAAGAGUUUGUGGACGAUGAACAUCCAUUACGAUAUGAACCGUUUGAUCAUUUCGCAUACAAUCGUUACUAUCUUUCGCGAGAAGCCCAAAAUAGUAGUGUUAGACGUAAUAUCAAGUCUUUUUGUGGUAUUUGACGAGACAUGCAUAUCAUGUUUUGAUUAAGAUACACGUGUAAGGAGCACGAGA